UGAGAAUCUCAAUUUGAGAUUCCAAAUGCAUGCUAGUACAAUUAUGCUUAGGAUUAUUUAGUGUCUCAUUCUAUUUGUAGGCUCUAGGGUGAUGAUGAGACUCAAAUAUAUCCGGCUCCAACAAAUCCAAACCGACUUCACCAUCAUUCAUGAUCAUCACGAAUCUUCAAAUCCCCAAUUAAAUAUUUAAUAAUUUGUUUUUUUAACUAGUGAGCAGAAUUACUCUUGAUAUACAAUCCAUCUACCUUCCAUCUACCUUCCAAAUUGUCUCAUCUGCAAUGGAUAAUUUGCUAGCUGAAGAGGUGAUAAGGAGACGUCUACUGGUGGACGGAGAUGGUGUUGGAGAUGACCGUCGUAUUUUAGCCCUAAUAAAGAACUAUCUCCAUUUUUGUACGAAUGCAAAAGGACUGGACCUCGAACAACGAGCGGUAGGUCAUCGACGUCUUUUAAGUCAACUCCACCAGGUAGGCAUGUCCCUGGUGAGGACUAACGAAAUGACAAAAAUAAACGAGGAGACGAAAGAAAUGUUUGUCAACCUGGGCACCUCCCUACGUUCCGAGGUGGAGCAGACCAAGCACCACAUCGUGCAGUAUAAGACGCUCUUGGAGAAUGCGACCAAGCACAGAAAGUACGCCAUGGAGUACGACGCCCUUGCCAAACUUAUCCGGAGCCAACCCGACCGAAAAGCUACGCUGGAGAAAAAGAACAAACUUUUGACCGAACUUGCGUCUCUCAAGACAAUGGAGGCACAUCUAGCUCAAAAAUUGAAUUCGCGUAAGCAAAAUAUGACCAUUCUGGCUGGAAGUAUAGAAAGGCUAAAGGAGCUGAUGAAGAACGAGGACAAUUUACCACUACCUCCUCUUCCCACUCUUACACCCAAUAUCAUAAGCAUCAACAUUAAUCCUAAAGAAGAAGUAGAGGAUGCGACGAUUAGUCCCAUGGACAUUGACGAGACAAUAGCAACAACAUCAGAAACAACGAUAUACUCCAAAGAAAUGAUCCUAAUGGACGAGGACCUCAUACUUUCACCGUCCAAGAAAGAGGAAGGGAAAAAGAGUCCAAGAGCAAAAUCCGACAUGCAUGAAGAUCUAUCCGAAUCUGACGGAGAGCAGGGUGCAUGAUUUUAUUGUUAUGCUUAAUUUCUACAUAGUUUUCUUAUACACAAGUGUUAAUAAAUAUCAUGUAUGUAUGCCUUUUAAUACGUUAGUAACAUCA